UCGGCCUGCAAUGACCCGUGUCACUCCCCACACGGGCACGCUUCGCAUUUGUACAAUCGCAACUAACGAAAUUCGCUCCAUAGGCCAGCAUAUAUUGCCAUGGCGCAUCUGGACUGUAGACUCCCCCUCUGCCAUUCAGUUUGUGUCAAGUGCUACUGUGUACGCCGACUGCCUCCCUGAACCCCGCCUCCCUCAUCAGAACUACCCCACCAGCUUACUCUGAACCCACAUUUCGCGAUCCCAAAUCAACAAUGGCACAGCUUCUUGCUGGCAAGUCUAUGGCCAUCACAGGCGGCGUUACCGGCAUUGGACGUGCGAUCGUCCUCGGCUACCUUGCACAGGGCGCCAAUGUGGCUGUUAACCACCUAGGAGACCCGAGGUCCUCUGAGCAGUAUCAGUCCCUUGUCAAAGAGGCCUCAGAAGGCGGCAGCAGGUUGCUCGAGAUUCCCGGCGACGUUGGCGAUCCAGAGACAGGCAAAAAGCUUGUAGCCGCGGUUGUGGAGAAGUGGGGCCGCCUGGACGUCUUUGUGAGCAAUGCAGGCAUCUGCGAGUUCAAAGAGUUCUUGGACAUCUCUCCAGAGCUCUGGAGCAAGACCCUGAAUACCAACCUCACAGGUGCAUUCAACACCAUCCAAGCAGCUGCGAAACAACUGUCCACACAGUCACCACCGGGUGGCUCGAUCAUCGGCAUUUCCUCCAUCUCUGCGCUUGUUGGUGGCGCACAACAAGGCCACUAUACACCUACAAAAGCUGGCGUGUUGUCUCUUAUCCAGUCAUCAGCAUGCGCUCUUGGCAAAUACAACAUCAGGUGUAACGCGCUAUUGCCAGGCACCAUCAAGACACAAUUGAACGAGAAGGAUCUCGAAGAUGACGAGAAGAGGAAGUACAUGGAGGGUAGGAUACCUCUAGGCAGGACUGGAAUGCCAGAAGACCUGGCCGGCCCAGCAGUCUUCUUGGGCAGUGACCUAAGCAGUUACAUCACCGGCGCUCAGUUGCUAGUUGACGGUGGGUUGUUUGUUAAUUUACAGUGAGUACGGUAUGUGUGUUGACUAUCCGACGAGUAAAGGCAAUAAGCGAAUAAAGUCAGAUCAACUAUCAAAUGAAAAAGCUCAGCAAUGCAGCUGUGCAUGGU